AUGCAGUUUAACACACUGGCAAGACUGUUGUGCAGUCCACGUUUGUUGCUUUCCUCGUGGCAAACCGGCCAACUUGCAUCGGCACAAUGUUCUGGAUUGCAUAUCACGACUUCUCUAAACUUUGCCGAAGCUGUCCCAUUAAAACCCAAACGACCCAUGAACGCUUACAUAAGGUACGUCCAGGGUGUUCGAUCUUCACUGGCCAGCGCUAAUCCAAAAGCUACCCCGAUGGAAAUAGCGAAGCUAGCCGCGGUCAAGUGGCAAUCGCUCGAUCAGACCUCCAAGACAAAGUACGAGGAGGAGUAUAAACGCGAGCAGGCAGUUUGGCUGCAAAAGAAUGCAAAGUACCUCAGCCAGCUAACCGACGCUCAGAAGGAGGAGAUAAAGCUCGAACGACAGCAGCGCAAUGAAGGAAAAAUCAAACGCGAACAAAAGCGCCUGCUAAAGGAAUUGGGUCGUCCGAAACGGCCAAUUAAUGGAUAUCUUCGGUUCUGUCAACAGAACAAACCAGUUCUCGGACUGUCGAAGCAGGACAAUAAAAUGCAGAUGAAAAAUCUUGGCCUACAGUGGAGACAGUUGACCGAUGCGGAAAAGGAACCGUACAACAAGGAAGCCGAAGCCGAUAUGAAACGAUACCAGGAGGAGAUGAAGAAAUGGGAGGACAAAAUGCUGUCGACGGAAAAUGUGGAAGCGGUUCGGAAGAAGAACGUUCUGCUACCACCAUCGCCAGCAUCUUCGAUGGCAAAAAAGGGUGGUAUUCCGAUGCCUAGAAUUAACCCAGCCCCAGCUCAGAAGCAGAAAAAAUCCCCUACCUCCACCACAACUCGUCCAUAG